GAGCGCCUCUCUGGGAUGCAUUCUGUAUGCGGGAAGAGAAUCAGUCCUCCAAUGGAAGUACAUAAAAGCACCGUCCUCCAACAGACUAACAGCAGCAGCAUGUGCGAAUCAACGCAGAGGUCCUGCGAGCCUCGGCGGAAGAGAACGGAGGAGCGCAGCGCUCCGUCAGAGAUGGCUAGGAUCAUCACCGACCCGGCCACGGGGAAGUGCUACUGCCGGGGGAAAGUUUUGGGAAAGGGAGGAUUUGCUAAAUGUUAUGAGAUGACAGACCUCUCCACCGGCAAAGUUUACGCAGCGAAGAUUAUCCCACAUGCGCGCGUAUCCAAGCCUCACCAGCGGGAGAAGAUCGACCGAGAAAUUGAACUGCACAGAGUCCUGCACCACAAAAAUAUCGUGCAUUUUUAUCACCAUUUUGAGGACAAAGAGAACAUCUACAUCUUGCUAGAAUACUGCAGUCGAAAAUCCCUGGCCCACAUUCUGAAGGCGCGCAAAGUGCUUACCGAGCCAGAAGUGCGGUAUUACCUGAGACAGAUUGUUUCUGGACUAAAGUAUCUGCAUGAACAAGAAAUUCUUCACAGGGACCUUAAAUUGGGGAACUUUUUUGUCAGUGAGUCGAUGGAACUGAAGGUCGGAGACUUUGGUCUCGCUGCCAAGUUGGAGCCAGCGGGAAACAGGAGGAAGACGAUCUGCGGGACUCCAAACUACUUGUCCCCUGAGGUCCUCAACAAGCAGGGUCAUGGCUGUGAAUCAGAUAUCUGGGCUCUGGGCUGUGUAAUGUACACUAUGCUGUUGGGCCGACCUCCAUUUGAAACCACCAACUUGAAGGAGACCUACCGGUGUAUAAGAGAAGCACGGUACUCGCUCCCUUCCUCGUUGUCACCGCAGGCGAAGCAGCUCAUUGCCAAUCUGCUGGCCAAGAUUCCAGAAGACAGACCCAAUCUAGACCAUAUUCUGAGACACGACUUCUUCACCCAGGGCUUUAGUCCAGAGCGUCUGUCGCCUAGCUGCUGCCAUUCACCACCAGACUUUCAUGUCUCCAGUCCUGCAAAGAGCUUCUUUAAGAAAGCUGCUGCUGCACUGUUCGGUGGGAAGAGAGAUAAGGUCAAAUACUACGAGACCCUCAACAAGUUAACUAAGGAGGAGGAGGAGAUCUACAAACUACAGCACGACUUGGAGAGGACGGUCAUCAGUCAACAGCAGAGCAGAAAGAUGUCUGAGAAUGGAAGUCUACUUCCGCCAUCUGCCGGGAGCCCCGUUGCCUUAGCAACAGAGAGUCAGUCGCCAGCAACGCAAGACACCAUUCGUCUGAUCGUCAGGGGGAGUCUGGGCAGCUGUAGCAGCAGCAGUGAAUGUCUUGAAGACAACACAACAGGGAGUGUGGCUGAGACUGUUUCCAGUGUGUUAAGAGGAUGCCUAGAAAAUAUGCCUAAAGCAAAUGACACUCCUCAGACGUUAAACAGCUGCAGUCUUCAGUGGGUCACCAAAUGGGUGGACUAUUCCAAUAAGUACGGCUUCGGCUACCAGUUGUCUGAUCACACCGUUGGCGUUCUCUUCAACAAUGGCACCCACAUGAGCCUCCUGCCUGAUAGAAAGACCAUUCAUUACUAUGCUGAGUUAGGCCAGCGCUCUGUCUUUCCCACUUGUGAGGUGCCUGAGCACUUUGUGGGCCAAGUGACUGUGCUGAAGUACUUUUCCCACUACAUGGAGGAAAACCUCAUGGAUGGUGGGGACCUUGGUACUACAACAGAUUCACACAUGCCCCGUCUCUACCUGCUGCAGUGGCUCAAGUCAGACCGCGCCCUCAUGAUGCUCUUUAACGACGGCACCUUCCAGGUUAACUUUUACCAUGAUCACACCAAGAUCAUCCUGUGCUGCCAGAGGGAUGAGUACAUGCUGACGUACAUCAACGAGGAACGAGUCUCUAAAACGUUCAAGCUCAGCUCCCUGCUGACAUCUGGCUGCCCCAACGACCUGCGCCAGCGCUUGGUGUACUCCCUCAACAUGCUCCUUCAGAGAUGCAGCUAAACCCACAAAAAUUGCGUAGACUGAAAAAGUGAAAAUUCCACCCACUGUGUUACUGCAGUGCUGCAGAGGAACAGGAAACCUGCGAGGGAACAGGCGGAUAUUCAGGCUGGGCUUGAGCAAAAUAUAUGAACAUCCCUGCACCGUUUCACUGUCAUGACUCAGCGUUGGUGCAGGUGAAAGUGUAAUGCAGAGAGAGACUGAAAGAGCCUGGGAAAACGAAAUGUAGCACAAUGAAUGUUGAUGGGAAAUAAAGGGCUGAUUUGUACUGUUGGGAAAGAGAGAGAGGACCGUGGAUGUUGGUACGAAUGUGAACCCUACAUGUUGGGCUUUUUGGCAUGUAAUGAGACUAAUGCUGGGCUGGCUCCAGCUUAGGUGUGUACAGAACAGUUGGUUUUAUUCCAGAAGCAUAAAACGAAGCUCUGAACUUUAACAGAGCUCGACUGUGAGAUACUGUAAAUGAUGUACAGUGUAUGUCCAAGCCAUCUCAGCUGUGGAAAGAAAUGACUGGUGUGGAUGUUGAAGGGUUUAAAUGAGUACAUGUUUGUCUGAGCAGGGAGGGGUGUAACAUUACGCUAACUUUUAAAAACUGUGAUUUGUUUCUUAUUGUCUUUAUUUGACAGAUGGUCUCGGCACUCUGAGCGAGAGGUUAUGUAGAAUGACAUUACACCAGGACUUUUUAGAACCAUUUAAGAGCCAUUAUCACCUAGGUAACAAUGUCUUAAAUAACUUAUUGUGUGAUAAAGUGCAGUAUUUAUUUAUUUAAUAAACAAGAGUGUUUUCUAAAAAAAA